AAAUAUUUCAAAUCAUGAAGCAAAAUUUUCUUUCUAUCACAAACCAACUUAAAAAAAACACAGAAAUUAAAUAGCAACAAUAAAUGUUAAAUUUAAAUUUUGGUUAAAAAGGUUGACAAAAUUAUUUUGGUUAAAACGAUAAAUUGAAGACAACAAAUAAAGAACCGGUAUACAAGUCGGUGGUACUUUCUUUUAAAGACAAAUACAAAAAUGAAACUUAAUAAUUUUAAAACCAAUCAAAAUUUAUACAGUACUAAUUAUAAGUUUUACAAUUGUUUUACAUAAAAAUAAAUAUUCAAGAUAAAGAAUAUAUAUAGAUUUUAACUUAUAAUUCAGUUAACUUUUUAUUAAUCUUACAAAUAUCCUACAUAAAACUCCAAUAAAACACAACAAAUUAUUUCAAAUUUGCAUUUAUGUUUAUAAUUCUAUAACAAGUUUUAGUGUAUAUCAUAUUUGUUUGUUUUUUAAAUAUAAAUAUAAAAAUUAAAAUAAUAUUAUAGGAAAAAAUCCGGGCGUAGCCUGGAAAACCCCCUAGUAUUAAUAAAGUUGACAAAUGGGCAUGUGGAAUUAAUUGAUGUUGAAGUUAGUGUAAGAACUCAGACCCUUGAGGUACUUAAUUGUCAACACGCAUUACCGUUGAAAGAGAUCAUUAUUAUUAACUUAGUUUAAUUCUUAUCGACCAAAACAUAUGAGUUUGUGUACGAGAGACAGAGAGAGAAUUACUAAUUUAGUUUAAUGCUUGUUGACCAAAACAGGUUCCAUGAGAAAUGAGAACACAUGUCAAUUUUCAGAAAAUUCAUAAAUAGAGGUCCAACGAUAAAGCUCCCUCUCUUUAAGCAACGGCAAAGACUUGUUCCUUGUAGAGGCCAUCGUCAAUUUCACUGUCACUCUCUACCAUUGACCCGUUAAGAGUGGGAAUAAAGAAAAUUAUGUUUGUGGCUGCAAUGCGUUUCAGCGAUUUACCCCCACCCAUACGGCGUGGACAAUACAGUGUUUGUCGCUUUGUAUACCAUGCAAGGACAAAUCACUCUUGAACUUUCAUUUACUUAGGCUUGGUGGACCAUUCAUCAAUUAAUUCUUCAGAGGAGACUUGAUUGUACAAAAAGUCUUCACAGGAGACUUGUUAUAUAAGUCUAGCUUUUUCUCCACUUUCACCGCCAAAACAAAAACAAAAACAAAACAAAAAACAAAGAAAAAAAGAUAAAAGAAAACCAAAGAAGAAAAAAAAAACACGAUGCAUUCUUGUUGUGCGAGGAAGAUAAUAGUAUGGAGCUUGUGUUUAAUAUUUUAUCUUUCUCACUCAAUACUUGUUUGCGGUUCUUCACCUCCUAAGCACUUGUGCCGUCAAGACCAGAGGGAUGCUCUUUGGGAGUUCAAGAGUGAGUUCCCACUCAGUGGGAUGGCUGCUGACGAGAAGACACAGACCUGGAGAAACAACAGUGAUUGCUGUUCUUGGGAUGGUAUCACUUGUGAUCCUAAGACGGGCAAUGUUGCUGAGUUAAAUCUCUGGGGCAGUUCUCUCAAUGGCUCUUUAAGAUCUAGUAGUGGUCUGUUUAAACUACAGUAUCUUCAUAGCCUUAAUCUUGGCUCCAAUAAUCUUGCCGGCAUUCUACCAGAUUUCAUCGGCGACCUCAAAUAUCUGAGGGUUUUGAGACUUUCUGGAUGCAAUUUAUUUGGAAAGCUUCCUUCUUCGCUUGGAAAUCUUUCUGAUCUCACUGUUCUUGAACUUGAUGGUAAUGGUUUCACCGGUGAACUACCAGUUUCACUCGGCAACUUAAAACAACUAACAAAGUUGCUAGUUGCAUCGAGCAAGCUCAGUGGGAACUUUCAUCAUGCGCUACUCAAUUUGACCGAGCUCACUGCGAUCAACCUUGUUUCCAACCAGCUGGAAGGUACGCUCCCAUCUAACAUGAGUAGCCUCUCCAAACUGGAGUACUUUGAUAUUGGUUCGAAUUUAUUUUCUGGAUUUGUUCCGUCGUCUCUUUUCAUGAUCCCUUCGUUGAUCCAUCUUAAACUGGAAAGGAAUCAUUUUAACAGUCUCCUUGAGAUUGGGAAUUUCUCUUCACCAUCUAAACUUCAAACUUUAAGCCUUGGAGGAAACAGGCUCAGUGGGCCUAUCCCGGGAUUUAUAUCAAAACUAGUCGGUCUCUCUUCUCUCGACCUCUCUUUUUGGGACACUUUGAGGGACGAGGUCGAUUUCAGCACCUUCUUGCAUCUCAAGUCACUUACGUUCCUUGACAUCUCCACUCUUAAUACAAGAAGUAUAGUCGAUAUGAGUCUCUUCUCACAUUUCGAGUCACUUAGCUUACUAAGUCUUUCACGAAAUACUGUGAAGUUCAGUUCAACUCUCCAUCUGGUCUCACCCAUUGGAUCAUUGGCUCUAGCCUCCUGCAAUAUUUCUGAGUUUCCAAAGUUUCUACGAACGCAAACCAGUUUGUUUAACUUGGAUAUUUCUCAGAAUCAAAUAAAAGGGAAAGUACCAGCGUGGUUAUGGAGUCUCCCAGGAUUGACGUAUGUAGACUUUUCUCUGAAUUCAUUUACUGGUUUUGAUGGACCAGCGGAUGUUUUUCAAAGAAAUGAAAUAUCUAUGCUGGAUAUAAGUUCAAACUCUUUCCAGGUUCCAUUUCCUUUGUUACCACAAUCUAUGACGUUUCUUGCAGCCUCCGAUAAUCAGUUUUCAGGAGAGAUUCCGACAACAAUCUGCGAACUGGUUUCUCUUGAUGUACUGGUUUUAUCCAACAACAACUUCAGCGGUUCUAUACCUCGGUGUUUUGAGAAUUUCAAUACUAAGCUUUCGAUCUUGCAUCUUCGGAAUAACAGCCUCUCUGGAAAAUUUCCGGAGGAAUCUGUCAGCGUUGCCUUGAUUUCACUUGAUGUUGGUCGCAACCAGUUAUCAGGAGAGCUUCCCAAGUCUCUGAUUAAUUGCACUCAUCUUGAGUUUCUCAACGUUGAAGACAACAUGUUCAACGACACGUUUCCAUUUCGGUUGAGAUUAUUGCCUGGUUUGCAAAUUCUUGUCCUUCGUUCAAACAAGUUCCAUGGGUCACUAUAUUCUCCAAGGAGUUCUCCGAGUUUCUCCAAACUGCGAAUCAUUGAUAUUUCUAAAAAUCUCUUCACUGGAGCCUUGCCGUUGGAUUACUUUGCUGGUUGGAGUGAAAUGUCAUCUGGUGUAUACACGCCAGAUAACAAGCAGAAAAGGUUUAUAGGAAUAACUUUUUUAAACUAUCGUAAGUCGGUGGUUCUGGCUAACAAAGGUUCGGAGAGGGAGUUUCUUGGUAGUAGUUUCAGCAUCUACAAAAUCAUCGAUGUCUCAGGAAAUAGAUUUGAAGGAGAUAUCCCAAAAUCUAUUUGUUUACUCAAGGAGUUGAAUGUGCUCAACAUGUCAAACAACGCUUUCAUAGGCAGUAUACCACCAUCUUUUUCGAACCUGACCAAUCUCCAAUCACUAGAUCUAUCUAAAAACAGAUUAUCCGGCAAAAUUCCACCGGAGCUCGGGAAACUAACGUUUCUGGCGUGGAUGAACUUCUCUUACAACAACCUCGAAGGUCCAAUACCACAAGGCACUCAAAUUCAAACCCAGGAUAGUUCUUCAUUCCUACAGAAUCCUGGGCUAUGUGGUGCUCCUCUUCAUAAGAUCUGCAGUGGAGAAGAAGAAGGCACAUUAAACCAAGAUAAAGAAGAUGAAGAAGAAGAUCAAGUAUUGAGCUGGAUUGCUGUUGCAAUAGCCUAUGUACCUGGUGUAUUCUGUGGAUUCAUUGUCGGCCAUAUUCUGGCUUCAUACAGACAUGACUGGUUCAAGGGGAUCUUUCGCUAUUUUUCUUAACAUAAGCAUCCGGUUCCUAAAGAUAUCUACUAUAUUAUAAUAAUCAUCUCUAUGUCGUUUUAAAUUACCAUUGUAAUGGCGUGAAAAGUUCUCUUCCCUUGUAUUGUUUUGCCACUCUUAUUGUGAUAAUCUGUGUGUUUCGGUGUA